CGUUUUUCAAAUAGGCCAAUCAGCAGCCUCCAUCUUUGCCGGAAGCACGCUUUGCUUGUUUUUUACUCCUAAAGGGGCCGUAUAGCAAGUUCAUGUUAGAUGUAAACGCCUAAUAAAUAGAUCAUUGUUUUUCGCUGACAUUAAAACUGUUUUGUAAUGUUUUGACGCGCAAGUGGUAGACGCGUGUUGCCAAUUAUUAGCAAGUAUUCGCAUUUUUCGAGCCGUAGUCACACACGCGUCGAUUCCGCAUCCGAGCCAGUCCGAGCCAUUUUGCUGCGCACAGGUAAGAUGGCGGUACGUAGAAGCAGCUGAUCAGUGCGUGUCCCGCAUUUAGUGUACCUUUGCACGUAACACUGCACGAUUAGAUGAGUCUCGGCCUCCGUGGUGUGCUUUCGCCCAAGAAGAAUUUCGGAAGCUGUGAACAUCAUGGAAACCGUGAAAGCGAAGCGCAAGGUGAGUAAACAACAUCGACCUCUUGUGCCUAAUGCCUAGACAGUCGCAUCUGAACAUCUGCGGUGGUCGCGGGAUGCUCACAUUUGCUUUUAUUCGCACAGGAUAGCCAAGAAUCGAUGAAGGUUGGAAAGCAGCACGAUGUACUGCAGCAGAUACUGGAAAACAGGAGGAGGCAGGUUGGGCGGGCUGGAGGGCCGUGUGUUGGACGUCUUGAGCCGCACCGGCCCAGGCUACGCGCCGGUCGAUUUUUUUUCCUGAUGACGCCGAGCAGGCAAGCUCCAGCGAGGAAGAGGCCGCUGCCGCCCAUGUGCCUCUCCCGACGGCCCCACCCCAAGUAUCCGUGGGCACAGAGCCGGGGACGAGCGGCACUGCACGACCACCACCUCGGCAGCAGCCCCAAAGACCACCUCGGCUGCAGCCCCUAAGACCACC